GCUAGGAGGAAGCCCCAAGCAUAUUGGAAGAAUUGUCGAUUUGCUUCCUGUCCAAGAAACUUGGAAAUUGCCCUUACUGCUCAAGCGACAUAUGCCAUUAAGUGUAACAGUACCAGCGUGCCACAUAGUGCCACACCUCACCGUUACCACAUAUUAAGAUAUGCUCGUGUUGCUAGAGAUUCCAGGGUGCCUUGCAAUACAUGCUAGCCCGUUUGACCCAGUCUUGACCAGCUCAUAACUGCAGUGAGCCCAUAGACCGCAUCAACUACCCUUUGGGUCGACUUUACACACCUGUAUCAGAUGUUAAUGUUAUAGCAGCUAUUAGCUCAGGCUCGCCAGUCCAAAUGGCCACGAGCUCUUCAUGGACGAGUCACGCAACGCGACAGGGCGAUGUUAGCAAGAUGGAGUAUGUCGAACAGCUCCUACGCGGCGGGGUCUUGGGCCCUACUGGGCAAGCUGGACAGCAGCAGCGUUCCAUGUCAUCUGGGCGUCACCCGCGUCUGGGAGCCACAUCCAGCUUGGUUGGAUCGUUAGGCCCAGGCGGCCCAGUUACAGUGACAGGGGCAGGCGAAACGCCAGGCCGAAGCCCACGGCCAAGGAGCGCAAGCGUGGGUCGACGUCAGCAGGACAUACAGGAGCUUGCGUUGGUGAUGGAGCAGCUGAACAACAGCGGGCGCGUGAUUCGCAACAUGAGCGUCCUUCAGGAGCUCCCGACGGGACCCGCGAUAUCACGCACCACAGGCGCUUCGCUCAGCGCUGCAGCCAACGGUGUCGGCAUGAUCAAUGUCAACCCGCCCACACGCAGCAGCCUGAACCUCGGCGCCGGCUCUGGCAGUUUGUACGGUAGCGGCGCGGGCGUUGGCACCAACAUCGGCACGAACAUUAGCAGUGCCUCAGCAACGGGUGCGGGCUCGGUAACAGCGAGCGCAACUGUGGAUGUUGGCCGGGGCUUCAGCAGUGGCAGCGUCUCGAGCGGCUUGCGUGGCGGGCGGGGCUCGAGCAGCGUGAACGCUUCCGUCAGCACAGGCAGCAAGGUUUCGCAAUCCAUUCUUGGCGCUGAAUUGCUGAAGAGCAAGCUGGAGACGCUUGGAGGCCAGCUAGGAAGCCGGCUGACCCCAGGGAAAGCGUCGCCCCAGCGGGAGUACCGCCCCUCUCGGGACUCCUUCACGGGGCAGCGGCCCGGCAGCAGCGGCGGAGGGGCACCCAACUACCGUGACCUACUGGCUACUGCCAAUGCAGGGCUGUUGCAGGUCAACGGUCACCAAGAAAGCACGCAAGCCAACCGGAGCCAUAGGACCGGUGCAGCGGCUGGGACCUCUGGCGCAGCAGCAGCAGCCACCGCCGCCGGCAACGGGGGUAACAGUGGACUGUACGGCAACGCUGUUAGCGCAGAGAACUUGAUCCGGCAGAGUAGCCGCCGUAUAAGCGAAGAUUUUAUGGCAGCAGAUCGCAUGCUGCAGAAUCUCCAUGCUGAGAUUAGGGGUUCCGGAGGCGGGGCAGCAGCGCCAGCACCCGCUGCAGCAGCAGCACCGGCAACAUCAGCAUCUGGUUUGGGAGGAGCCGGCGGCAGCAGCUCACUUAGUGAGGCGCUCGCUGCCGCACAAAGGCUUAGUGGCGCGGGUAACAAGACGGAUAAUCCGUUGUUGAACUCCUUUCUGGCGUCGUUAACAGAGGCCCUGUCGCCGCCGCUUAGCACCAUCGGCGGGCCGGAAGCUACACCCGCACGGCCUGUCGGGUCGUCACCAACGUCGUAUCAUGCCGGCGGCGGCGGCUUCAGCUACCCUGGCUCCUUGCGGGCCUCUCAGGAGGGUUUCGGAGCGGGUGGUGGCAGCCGCAGGGCCGAACACCGCGAUGCAGCUGCAGACGGGUCGCAACAACACCAGCGCGGACACCAUCAUCACCAGCAGCCGCAGCACCACAGCAUGCCGCAGCGGACCUCCAGCAGCAACCAUCAACACCAGCAGCAGCAGGACCUUCGAUCCAGUGUUGCAGAGUCGCUUCCCAGCUCGGCAACAGCAGCCCGCGCGGCGGCCGCGGCCGCGGCAUCCAACGCCGUCUCCAACGGUAUACCUAUCACCGCAGAACUGCUGAAGCGCCUGUCCAAGAGCGCGACACGCGGCUUGGGUGUUCCAGAGCCUGAAUCCGCUAACGUAAGCGCCGGUAGCGGCGCAGGCGGUGGUGGUGGAGGUGGCGGUAGCGGCGGCGGUGCAUGGCCCAGCCAGGUCCAACACCAGGCGGGGGGUUACAUGGACCGACGUGAGGGGGCCGCUGCUGUCAUGGCGGCGGCAGCGCAGGUGGCAGCGGCGAUGGGGGAAUGGCGUGACGGCAAUGCAGGGCGCCAGGUUGCCUCGCAGCAGCAGUCCUCAACGCCGCAGCCUGCUGCCCGCGUUCGUACUGCCUGGGCCGAUGAGGCUGCUGCGAGUCCGCCUUCCGCGGCUGUAGGCCAGGCCGGCGUUGGAAGCGGCGGUGCCGCGGGCGAUGACGGCCGGGGUGGUAGCAAACGCCGGGGCAACAGCUACAGUGUCCUUCCCAGCUCUGGCAACACGGGCGGAGCGGGGGCGCAGCGUGACGUGUUGCCGCCGACCUACCCAGCGACGUCAACGCAGGGAGCUGCCGGACAAGGAACCGCAGCAGCGGCAGCGCAGGCGGCAGCUUGGUCGGACUCUAAUAACGGGCUGAACAUGAAUCUGUUGCUGCAGCAGCGGCGGAAGGAGCGGGCGCGACGGGAGGAGCAGGAGGCUGCGGAGGCGGUCGCUUCCUCCGCGCGAGCUCGUCAGCAGGUGACUGACUGGCAGGCGCAGCACGACACACUCAUGACGCAGUACCUGGCGGUGCGGGAGCGGCUGCAGGCACUGGAAUCGGAGCAGGAGCGCAUCGCUCGAGAGGGCUGCGGCAGCUGCUCGCGGUGGCGGGACCAGGCGCAGCAGGCAUCUGACACAGCGGCCAACACCAUCGCCCAGCUGCGGGAGGUCCAAACGCAGCUGCAGGAGGCUCGCGCCAAUGAGGACCAUGUUCGGCGCCAGCUGGAGCACAGCGCGGCGAUCGUGGCUGACCAGGGAGCCAAGGCAGCACGCGCGCACACAAAUCUCGAGCUCCGCUUGCAGGAGCUGAUAAACAUGGCGACGGCGGCAAUCACGGCAACAGCCGGCUCCCCCGCAGCUGCCACCGCCGCCACCGGCAGUAACAGCGCCUCUCGAGACGGUACGACAGGCGCAGCCGGCGGCGGCAGCGGCGCCCUGCGGUCCCACCCCAUCAGCGGUCGCGACAGUGGUGCCAUGCUGGACCUAGAUGAGCUGCUUGAGGCGCUGCGGGCGCGGCUGAAGGAGCAGGGGGACCUGGCACGGAGGCAGAAGCAGCUGCUGGAAACAGCGCAGGAGCAGCUCGAGAAGGAGCGGGCCGCAGCCGCAGCUGCCCGAGAGGACGCCGCAGCCGACCGCGCCGAUGCCGCCCUGCUGGUGGCGCAGGAGCUGGCCUUCCUGCGGGAGCGAGCCGGGCUGCUGCAGGAGGAGCUCACGAAGCAGCGGGAGACGGCGGCAAACAUGGAUCUGAGGGUACGACAAAUGGAGGAGGAGCGCGAUCGAGCUGUACGACAAAGGGAUGCUGCGGAGUUGUCGCUACAGGCCCAGCAGGCCCAGUUGGAGGCGGCCGCCCAUCAGCAGGAGACGCUGGUGGGGCGGCUGUACGACGGACAGCGGGCGCGGGAGGACGCGGAGGUGCUGCAGGCGCAGAUCCGCUCACUGACCCGGCAGCUGGAGGAGGCGCGGGCGGCUGCGGGGCGCUCAGAUGCGCUGGAGCGGAAGGUGGCGGAGGAGCGGGACGCGAGGGAGGAGGGGGCCGCCCACUUGGAGUCCCUGCGGGCUCAGCUCGCGGAGCGCGACGCCUCCCUGGAGGCCUCCAGGCGGCGCGUGCGAGAGCUGGAGGCGGCCGUGAACAGCGCAGUGGCGUCACGGCAGGCGGCACUGGACGAGCUGUCUGCCCGCACCACUGAGAGUAACACGCUGGUGGCUGAGAACCGGCGCAUGUUCCAACACCUGGACGGCCAACAGCAGGAGAAGCGCGCACUGGAGGCAAAGCUCAAGGAGCUGACCUCCCAGCUGCGCUCCGAGCAGCAGGAGGCGGCCGCCCUGCGCAGCGAGCUGGCGGGCCUGCGGGAGCAGCUGGCGGGCCUCAAGGACAACCAGCCCAUACGGGACGCCACCCUAGCCCAGCAGCAGCUCAGCGCCGAGCUCUCCUCAGCACGCUCCGAAGCCGCCGCUCUGCGAGCCGCGCAGGAGACGGCGGCCGAGUACGCGCACUCGCUGGCUCGCAUCCUGCGGAGGCACGGGCUGGCGGUGCCGGAGGCGCCCUCAGCUGCGGACGUGGCUUCCCAGAUCGGCACACUACAGACCAAGCUGGCGGCGGAGGAGGACGCGGCGGCAGCAGCCCGGUCCGAGCUGUCCGAGCUGCGAGGGCAGCUGAGCGAGGCGCGGGCCGAGGUGGAGCGGCUGAAGCGAGAGGUGCAGAACCUGACGGAGCGCUACUCGCAGCUGGAGUCCGCGCACGCCGGCAGCCAGGCCGCCUGGCAGCAGGCAGCCGAGCGCGAGGCCGCUUCGCUGUCGGAGCUGUCUCGCGAGCGGGACGCGCUGCGGCUGGAGCUGCACCAGCUGCAGGUGGCGGGAUCGCAGGACGUGGAGGAGAUGAAGAGGAAGGUGGCCCGGUUGGAGGUGCAGGUGGAGGUGCUGGGAGGCGGCAAGCGGGAGGCGGAGGAGCGGGCGAAGCAGCUGGCGGCGGACCUGGGGGCGCUGCGGAAGACGCUGGCGGACAAGGAGGCGAAGGUGGAAUCGCUGCGUCUGUCCAGCGAAGCCGCCCAGGAGGCGGCAGCGCAGGCGGCUCAGCAGCAGCAGCAGGCGGAGCAGGAGCGGCAGGAGGCGCUCAAGGCGCGCGCGGCGGCGGCGGCAGAGGCGGAGAAGAACAAGACGGAGCUCACGCGAGUCCAGUCCGAGUUCGAGCGCCUGGAGAAGGAGUUCGCGGACAAGAGCGCCGAGUACGCCGGGCUGUACGACUACUGCGGAAGCGUGAUCGGCGAGCGGGAUGCGCUGCUUGAGGAGCGGUCGGGUCUGGCGGGUGCUGCGGAGGCGGCGGAGGCGGAGGUGGCGGCGCUGCGGCGGGAGGUGGAGAGCUUGAGGGAAGAGCUGGCGGAUAAGGAGCAGCGGUUGGCAGUGAAGCCCAAGAUGGCGGAGCUGCAGUACCGCCUGAACGAGCUGGCCGCGCAGCUAGCCGACGUCACCAGCGAGCGAGAUGCGGCGGUGGCGGAGAGCAACCAGACGGCGCAGAGGUUGCAAGAUGAGCAGGAGGCGCACUUUGAGACGGACGGUCGCCGCGUGCGGCUGGGUGAGGAGGUGGAGAGGCUGCGAGGCAUCCUGAAAAUGUACUCCAUACCCUUCUAGUAGGUAGGGCGACUCCCUACGACGGUUUGUCUACUCCACUUACACCCAGAAGGAGCAAUCUCAGGAUGCUCCUCGUCCUACCUGCUCGCCCGUUUCUGUGACCCUCCUCAAGACCUCAUGCCUGGAACCGAAAGGGGCCUCAGGGCAUAUACCUGUUACCACGCGCAAAUAUUGAUGACAUGGCUCCAAGCGCGAGCCGGGGAAGUUGCAGGACAAGAAUGAUUUGGACCUGUAUGCGGUUGAGGUGCUGCCGCUCGCGGUUUCCUUUCCUGACUUGGCUUGGCCCCGGUGCUGGGGCCUGAGUCGCCUGUUUCGGGUGAUAUUGAUUGGGGCUCUGGGUACGAAGCGGGUGAACCAUUUGUCCGUUAUCCGCCGUUGGCAGUUGGGAGUUACCGGUACGUGCAGAUGUGUGGGAUGCACUGGGUAAUGUGGUUUGGUAUGUUCGUGGUGUUGGUGGUGCAUGUGUGUUUCCUCGAGUGCAUUGGGACGUGCAUGCGUCAGUCAGCCGGACUACACGUCUGUGGUACAGCGUCUGUGGGUUAUAUAACGUGCUAUGCGGCUUCUGUACAAUGCGGUGGAGGGAGAUGGGG